AUGUACUUGGAAAACUACUUUAGAUGCCUGGAUCCACGCUGUCAAAUGUCAUCAUUCCGCGCCGAACGUCAUUCAGUCGUAUUGUUUAUUCUUGUUCAUUGUGCGAAAUUGGUGUUGAAAGCAGUUCAAAGUACGAAUGCAUCAAACGUUUCAAUUUUCAUAAAUCCAUAUGAAAAUAUUGAAGGAAUUUAUGGAUCCGAACAAAUAUCAAGAUAUUUGACUAAUGAGAGUAUAGUCGAAAAAUUACCACCACAUAUUUAUGCUACCGCAAACGACGCCCUGAACAAAUUGAAACUUUUCAAGAGGAAACAAUCAAUUUUAUUAACGGGUGUAUCGGGGUCUGGAAAAACACAAAAUUGUGAAAAUAUCGUUGACUUUUUAUGUCAGGAAUCCAAUUCGAAAAAUGUUGUUGAUAUUUUCUUCAAUGAAGAGAUGCAACAAACUGGUGGUAAAAUAUCAUACCAUUUGUUGGAGGCACAUCGAACUUGUGGUACAAAUCCAAAUGAAUCUAAUUUUCAUGUUUUUUACACAUUACUCCACGGCCUAUCAACCAAUCUAUUGAAUAAUAUAUGUCUUGACAAAACAACUCACUAUAGAUAUCUACCAGAUCGAGACCUGAUAUUCAAAACCAAUGAUAAUACAUGUUUGGACACCAACUUCAAUCUUUUGGAGAAAAAUCUGAGCAAACUUGGUUUCACAAUGAAUGACAAGAAAAACAUAUAUUCAGUUUUGUCGGCAAUAUUGAAUUUGGGUAACGUGGAAUAUGAAAAAAUUAGCAGUGACGAAAGUUGUUCCAUCAAAAUUGAGUCAAGAAAAUAUUUGUGUAGUGCGGCUGCUCUAUUAAACAUCAAUGAAGUGGAACUAGAAGAAGUAUUAACCAGCCACACCAGAGAAGUUUGUGGCCAACGAAUCAUAUCUCCAUUAUCCAAGACUGCAGCGGAAAAUACAAAAGAUGGUUUAGCAAAAUUGGUCUAUGAAAAACUAUUUGGUCAAAUCAUGCAAUUCAUAAAUAAUCAUCUCUUUCAAUCUUCAUCGUCAAAUCACUCCAUUGGAAUCUUGGACAUAGCAGGAUUCGAACACAUUCCAUAG